AUGUAAAAAUACUUGAAAAGAAAGUAAUAGAAGCUUUUUUAUGGAAAGAGGGAAAAUUGUUAUAUUUUAGUUUUUAAGAUAAAAUAGUAUAUCCAUAAAGUAAGUAGUAAGCUUUUGAGGGAAUACAAAUGCAUGAUUAAUUGAA